GGGAUUCUUGUUAUUCCAUGUGAGUGAGGAUGAAGAACUAGGCCAAGAAAAAAUGACUGAAGAGAAAAAGUUUGGAAAGGAGAGGCUCUCGAGCCCUGCCCGUCAAAGCGAUUUGCAUGCAGAGGUUUGAAAAGUCCGUGACAGGAAGCGGGCAGCCCUUUCCGAGAGAGGCCCAGGAGACCGCCCGAGACCCCCGACGGGCGCACAGCCCGUUUUCAUGGUGCCCCCGGGGAACCUGUCCAGCCCCCAUCAGGGAACUUUUUCGGCUGCUGGGAAUUUCGCCAAAGCAGAAGGACAAAUUUGCUCGAACCCGAGCGCACGGCCACAGGGACUCUCUUGACGAUAAGAAGAGAGGGACCCCAUAACCCGUUGUGAAGAUGACACAAGCCGUAGAGGUGUGGCACACACAGGCCACGCCCCCGGACGAGGAACAGGGCGGGGACAGGCCGGAGUGCUCCAUCUGCUUCAGCACCUACGACAACGUGUUUAAGACUCCCAAGCUGCUGGCCUGCACUCACACCUUCUGCCUCGAGUGUGUGUCCCGCCUCACGGCCCAGUCAUCCGGGGCGGAGGGCCGGAUCCCGUGCCCAUUCUGCCGCCAGCUCACAUCCAUCCCCGAGAGGGGGCCGCCCGCGCUCACCACCUGCCAAGAGGUACUGAACAAACUGCCGGCACACCUGCAGCACGGCGAGCAGGUGUGGUUGGAGGGGAAGAAAUUGUGCUACCUGAGCACCCCAGACCCCGGUUGCACCGUCACCUGCGUGUGCCUCGAUAUCGGUGCCAGCAAACCGGAACAGGAGGCGCCGCAGCGCUCCGCUCCCGCGCGCUCCCGCCUGCGGAGCCACCUGCUGUCCGACUGGAAGCGAAUGGUGCUCGUGGUGGUCCUCAUGGUCCUCCUGGUGUCUGUCAUCCUGUGGCCGCUGCAGUGCGUCUUCGCCACCGGGUCUCUGCGCUGCGCUCCGGAGAGCGAGCGCCCCGAGCUGGAGCCCACCGCGAUGCCCCUCGUCACAAAGCAGAUGCAGACAGACCUGCCGUUGUGAGCCGGAAGGGAUCACCCCAACGGCAGGAGCCGGAGAAGCAGUGCCAAAGAACAGAAGGGCUUCGAUGCGCGAGCUCGCACCCCUCCCGGACAAGAGGGGGCUGCAGUCAGGCUGGACCGUGACGGCCGGCGCCAGAUGUGCCAAUUCAAUAGCGAACACGCUAAGGACCCCCCAGCCAGCCGUACGUGUUACGUAAGACAGAACUGAGCCAACGAGAUUCCUGUGGACCUUCUGCAGGGACCAAACGCAAACAGCAAAUGCAAACUUGUUUAUUGACGACACAAACCGACCGAUUGUUAAUUUUGUGUUUUUUUUUUUUUCCCUGUGUUUGUUCUCACAUUGUGAACCAUUUGUGUUGAUCGCAAUCCUGACAUUCCGCUAUUGUCAUGAUGCAGUAACUCUAAGCUCCAAGUAGCAUGGAGCAGCAGUACGGAGUAGAAACCUCUGUCGCCUGGGCCAACAGUUCAAACCCUCCGAUGUUGUUCAAAUGUCCUCUUUUCGCUUUCCAACGUCGUUUCACCGUCAGUCCUACAGCCACGUCUGGGACAAAUACAUACACGGCGGCUAGUUUCAUCGACAUGCCAUCCAGCAUCGGCGAACCUGGAAAUACUCUCAACGUGCCUUUGAAAUGCCUACGUUCUUUCUCUCUACCUCUGUUCCAACCAUAGUUCCUUUUUUGUGUGUCAUAUCAGAAGACUGGAUAAUGGUGUUCACUGGCGAUGUGCAAUGCAUUUCAGGAUCAGACAU